UCGCUGAUUUCAGAGGAAAAACAGCGUGCGGACAAACUUCCUUACACGUCACACACGCGAUUUGUCCUACAUGACCCACAGAAUCAAACUUUUCCUGCAAGAUUCCGCGUGGGCGAUAGCGUUUCCGAAAAAGAAACGCGUGCGAUCCGGAUCCCCUCCUCCCUGGUUCGUCAGAGGAACCCAGUCUAAACGCGGCGGCGCCCUCCUCGUUGCCGGAGCAGGGCGAGGCGGCGCUCGACCUCCGCCUCCUACCCCCACCUCCACUGCUGGGCUCCGUCCCGGGGCUCCUCUUCUGCGUCCCGAGCCCUGACCAGUGCCAUACAGGCCACUCAACCAAAACGAGGUCAGAUUUCUCAAUUUCCACUCGGAAAUCCGAACCGUGGUCAUCUCCGUCGCCGCCGCCUGCCGCCUGCCGCCGCCAUCGCCAUGGCUUCCGCUCUACGGGCCCUUCACCACCGCCUCCCCCGCUCUCUCCACCACUCCAAUCCCCUUUCCACCUCCGCCUCACCUCACGACCUCCGCGAGCUCCUCCGCAUCCAACGCAUCCUCGGUGACCCCGCAGCAACCACCCAGCCCACGCAAACGCAACAACGCCCACGAGCCGCCGCCACCGCAGACCUGCACCGACUUCUCCACCGCGCGGCCGGCCUCACCACCGCCGAGGCCACCUCCCUGCUCGGCCGCAUCCCUAACACCCACCGUCUGGAACACCUUCUCCAAGAACUUCGUGGCCUGCGCCUCCCGGCGGGCGAGAUCAGGAAAGCUCUCGGGUCCGACCCCGACGGACUCCUCUCCAUGGAGCCGGGCGAGCCGUCCCGCCUUGUCGAGCUCCUAGACGAGCUCCGCUGCCGGGCGCCCAUCAAGGACCAGGUCCUCUCUCACGGCGUGCUCAGCGCCGCAAUAGCCGCGAGGCGGCGGGUAGAGCUCCUGCACGAGCGCGGGCUGAGCCGGCGUGACGCGCUGAGGGUGAUCUCCGUUGAGCCUCGGGCAAUUUUAUAUAGCCUGGACGAUGUGGAGAGGAAGGUGGAGUUCUUGGUGGGCAGGAUGGGGUUUGAGAUUGGUUGGCUGGUGGAGUACCCAGAGUUCUUGGGGAUAAAUCUCGACAGGUCGAUCAUCCCACGGCACAAUGUAGUGGAGUAUUUGGCGUCGGUGGGUGGGCUUGGGGACCCCAUUGAGAUGAAGCAUUAUGUGAGAUUCAGCCGCCUCAAGUUCUACAAUCUGUUCGUGAAGCCAUACCCGGAGUGCGAGAGGAUUUUCGGGGGCCUAGUCAGGGAGAAAAAGGAUGAGGUGAGGUGGCAGCAUCCGGUGGGGUUGUGGAAGCUGUUUAAACCGGCGAAGUAUGAGAUCACUGAGGAGAAUGUGAAGGACAUGAAGUUGGUUGUUGAAUCACUUCAUUAGCUCUGUUCAGAACACCAACUGCUACCGAUUUUGAAUUGGGCUGCUCAUGAUUCUGGGGAUAUUUGUGGUGGUAACAAUGUGGUUCGUAUUGUGAAAGCGUAUGUUUGAAUUGCAGUGCAUUCUGCCAGCAAAAUGUCAUCUGUGCUGAUCAAACAUGGAACCGAUUGGAAUCUGCAAGAUAAGUAAAUCGAGCCCUAGGCUCCUAGCUUAAGGUUGAGGUCAAUUAUAAUGACCCCAUCAUGAUAUGGUGAUCAGAGCUGGUCUCAUCAGGAAGCAAACAAGAUAAUUGUUUGAUGAAAUCUGGCAACUUAUGGAAGGCUCAUCUCAAGUUACCAACAAAUAGAUGGCAGAUGAUAGCAAAAGGUGAUGGAUCUGGAAGAAGAGAACAGCAGCGAGGCUAAUACACAGUUUUAAUAUUGUCAUUAGAAGUGAGGGAAAAAAUCACAGGUACUCAGGUAGUAUGAUUUUGUUGCUGGUUCUUGCAUUAUCUGUUUAGCACAGAGGAUGUAGGAUUUGUAAAAUGGUCAUGCUUCCUAACUUGUAUCUGUGACACUCUCUCCACCUAAUCUGCUAUAGAUCCUAACUCUUUCUCUAUUAGAUUAUUUAUUUCAUAGGAAAUGCCAAGCUGAUUGUUGCCAUUCCCCGUAGAUAUAAAUAGAGGAGAUAUGACUCUUGGUUAUUUUGAAUCGCAAAAGCUGACCUCUGGUUCUAUCUGUCGUAGUGCUCAUUGUCCUCAAUGCACAAUAUCAAUAAUAGUGUACUCAUUUAAUACUUUUUUUGUCCGUGGAAAUUUUCAGUUUUGCGUUUAGAAGUUGAUCUUUUUGUGAUCUAUGACAUAAAGUAUAUUAUUUAUUUAAUUUUGUAUUUCUGGUUAUUACAUUGGCAAUGUCCUGUUGUAUGAAGACUCUGGUUUGGGUACAGUUUUACCCUUCGAAGAAUAUUAGCUUGCUGAAAGCUUAUUGUUGAACCCAUUGGCACAUUGAAAGAUGUCCUUACUUCACAUUCAAGGAAAGAUAGUUUGUUGAUGCGUUGCUGCUUUAAGGAAACACUAGGGGGAUUCGAACUUCUGAUUGGUGAGCUACACAACAUGCCAUCGUGGUCAAUUUUUCACCAUAAAUGUUUUGUUCUGUGAUAAGCUGCUAUAAAAGCGAAAUAAUUCAUUAUCUUCGUAAGUCAUCAUAGCAUUUAGAGAGUAGUCAUAUCUGCGCUUCUGCAGAAGUAAAGGUGGAGGGAUGAGGAAGCUUUCUGUACUGUUUAUAGCCAUGGUGAUUUUUGCAUUAUGCUGUUUUAUGCGUGUAUCAAGUACGGAAUCUGUCCGAUGUAAAGUUCUCAAGCUAUAACCUCAUGUGCAA